AUGGCCGAAGUAAAGCUUCAUGUUGUCGGGCCUGACGGAGAUCGCAGCAAACGUCCUAUCCACGCAGAGCGCACAAUCCGCAUCGCAUGCAUUGGUGCUGGGCAGGCUGGCCUGUGCUUUGCAUACAAGCUGCAGCGCUCUUUUCAGAAUUUCGAGCUGGUCGUGUACGAGAAGAAUGAGGGUGUUGGCGGAGUGUGGUAUGAGAACAAGUACCCAGGCCUAGCAUGCGAUUUCCCCGGACACAACUACGUCUACUCGUUUGAGCCAUGCGCAACCUUUGAAAGCGAAUACGCGCCGCGCAAUGCCAUUCUCGAGUACUUCUCCAACUUUGCGCAAAAGCAUGGCCUGCAUAAAUACAUCCGAACGCGCACGAGGCUGAGCCAGGCAGAGUGGGAUGACGCCAAUGGCAAGUGGAAGCUGCAACUAGAGGAUUUGGCCGACGGCAAUAAGUCGUUUGAUGACACGGCCGAUAUCGUGAUCAAUGCCUCGGGCCAUCUGAACCGAUGGAAAUGGCCUGCUGUGCCGGGCCUGCACGGCUUCCAAGGGCAUCUCGCCCAUAGUGCCAAUUGGGAUGAGACCUUUUCUCUGGAAGGAAAACGGGUUGCUGUGCUUGGAAAUGGGCAAGUGGUCAUUCAAGUCCUUACUGCAAUCCAGCCAAAUGUACAAAAGCUAGUCCAUUUCAUCCGACAGCCCAACUGGACUACAGGUCCAUUCUGUGACCCCCAGCGCGACUACAGCCCCGAAGAAGUCGAAGCGUUUCAGAACGAGCCAGGCAAGCUGCAGACCAAGCGCAAAAAGGACGAGACCAUCCUCAAUACCUUCUAUUCGGCCUUUUUACACGAUAGUCUCCUGCAGACCGGAUUGCAUGGAUAUGCUGCGCAGGCGAUGAAGGCACAAGGCCUGCCGGACGAGUUGAUUCCGUCUUUCAAGCCGGGUUGUCGCCGUCCGACGCCCGGAAUUGGAUAUAUUGAUGCUCUGAAUGCGUCAAACACAGAAGUUGUUCUGGGCGAGAUCCAGCGAGUGACUCCCAGGGGAAUCGUAGACCAUACUGGCCGCGAGCACGAGCUGGACGCAAUUUUCUGCGCGACGGGCUUCGACACCACCUAUGUGCCUGAUUUCGAGAUCCGGGGUCUUGGGGGCAAGGCACUGAAAGACCUUUGGGCUGAGGACAUCACCGACUCGUACAUGGCCACGACUGUACCGCAUAUGCCCAAUUUCCUGCUUUUUGGCGGCCCUUUCUUCCCACACGUCAGCGGCAGUGCAGUUCACAAUUCUGAAAUGCAAGCGGACUAUAUGCUCCAACUAAUCGACCGCUAUCAGACCGAGGCGAUCCACUCCUUCACCCCAUCACAAGCAGCAAGCCGCGGCUUUACCGCAUACUGUCGACGUGUGCUACUCAACACUGUCUGGAGUGACGGGUGCCGGUCGCACUUCAAGGCUGGCACGGCUAAUCAAGGAAGUCUUUCCAUGUGGCCUGGUAGUAGUAUGCAUUUUGGCGAGGCUCUGCGCGAGGUCCACGCUGAGGACUACGACUGGGUGUGGAGCGGCCAGACGGCCGACGAGCAAGCAGCAAACCGGUUUGCAUGGUUGGGUAAUGGGUUCUCGGCCACAGGCGCAGAUCCAACCAGCGAUCUGGCCUGGUACAUCACUGAGCAGGACGAGGGACCGUUGAUGAGUCGCGGUGCGCGACGGCGGCAGUUCACCAAGAGUGGGACUUGUCCGGGGAGGAAUGAGAUGCUGGCGCCUUUGGGGCGAGUCGCUGAUUAG